GGCUGGGCACCCGCAAUGCCGUGUCCCGCGGGUGGCCCGUCCCACGGUGGCCCCAUCCCGCAGGUCACUGGCGGCGCCCGCGGCUGGGCCGACGCCUUCCCUGAGGACACGGUGGCCGAUCACGUCGGGGACACGCGGGGACGGCGGUACUACCGGCACCUGUCAGAUGACGAGGACCUGGUGGCCUCUGCAGAUGGCAGCGGGGAGGAUGGCAGUGGUGUUCCCUGGCCACCAACAGUCACGGCCCCGGCUCCCAGCAGCGGGCUGGCACCCACCGUGCCCGGGUCCCGCCCCGCGCCUGCAGGCAUGGUGGUGGCCGAGCCCGAGGACGACCCCCCGAUCAUUUAUUUCCGGGCGCUGGUGAACUUCACCCGCAGCAUCGACUACAGCUCACGGCUGGAAGAUCCUGAUUCCGAGGAAUUUCGGGAGAUUUCUGAGGCUGUGGUGGAUACGCUGGAGUCCGAGUAUUACAAAGUGCCUGGGGAGCAGGUGGUCAGCGUGGUCUUCAUCAAGCAGCUGGACGGGGAUGUGUUCGUGGAGCUGGAUGUGGGCUCAGAGGGGAACGGGGACGAGGCGCAGCUCGGGGGGGUCCUGCGGGACCUGUUGGCCGGCGGCUCCAUCGCCUCCUACCUCACAUCCCCCCAGGGCUUCCAGUUCCGUCGCCUGGGAGCCGUGACGCCCCAGCCACGCGCCUGCACCGUGGAGGAGUUUUCCUGCAGGAGCGGGGAGUGCGUGGCCGUGGAAUACCGCUGCGACCGCCGGCCCGACUGGGGCCCCUUCACCCCGCGCCCCCCGAGGCCAGCGGCCGGGGGCUGCCAGGGGGGCGAGGCCGCCUGCAGGGACGGGCGCUGCGUGCCCCGGGAUUACCUGUGCGACGGAGAGCGCGACUGCGCCGACGGCUCCGACGAGGACGCCUGCGGCACCCCGUCCCCCUGUGAGCCCAAUGAAUUCAAGUGUGACAAUGGGCACUGUGCCCUCAAGCUCUGGCGCUGCGAUGGCGAGAAUGACUGCGGUGACGGCUCUGACGAGAGGGACUGCCCCACCAAGGCGCCUGGUGCGGCAUGUGGACCGGCGGAAUUCCGGUGCGUGUCCAGUGGGAGCUGCAUCCGUGCCAGCUACCAGUGCGACAGGGAGCCCGACUGUCCCGACCGCAGUGACGAGGUUGGGUGUGUGCCCCCACAGGUGGUGACGCUGCCGCGGGAGUCGGUGAGGGCAGUGCCAGGCCAGACCGUCACCUUCACCUGUGUAGCCACCGGUGUCCCCACCCCCAUCGUCACCUGGCGCCUGAACUGGGGACACACCCCCAGCAGUCACAGGGUCUCGAUUGUGAGCGAGGCUGGGCAGGGCACCCUGACUAUCCGGGACGUGAAAGAAGCUGAUCAAGGCGCCUACACCUGCGAGGCCAUCAACACGCUGGGCAUGGUGUUCGGCAUUCCUGACAGCAUCCUCACCGUCACCCGCCCCGGGCCGUGUCCCGAGGGCCACUUCCAGGUGACAGGGACAUCCCGCUGCCUGCCCUGCUUCUGCUUUGGCGUCACCACCUCCUGCCGCGCCACCACCCGGCACCGCCAUCGCCUCCACCUGCGCUUCAACCUCCCCGAUGACUUCAAGGGUGUCAAUGUGACGGUGCCGGCGGCGCCAUCCGCACCGGUGCUCUCGGCCACCCAACUCCAUGUGGAUGUGGGCACUGAGGAGUUCCAGCUCUUGGACCUCUCCCGCCGCUUCCUGGCACUGGACGCGUUCUGGGCGCUGCCAGAGCCCUUCCUUGGGGACAAGGUGGAUGCCUACGGGGGAGCUCUGAGCUACGGGGUGCGGUACCGGCUGGGCCGGGGGCCUCCUGAGCCCACCGCCCACCCCGACCUGCUGCUGCGGGGCCACGGGCGGCAGCUGCGGGCGCGUGCUGGUGACACCCAGCCAGACGUUCUCAACCGGCGGCACGUGCCCCUCACCGAGGACCACUGGGAGGAUGAGCAGGGUACCCCAGUGAGCCGGGAGCUGCUGCUGCUGGUGCUGCAGGGGCUGGAGGGCAUCUUCAUCCGGGCGGUUUACGACGGGCGCAUGGCGAGCGUGGGGCUCAGCGACGUGGCCAUGGACGUCACCAGCGCCACGGACACCAGCCUGGGGCCGGCUGGCGACAUCGAGGAGUGCAGGUGCCCUGUGGGCUACACAGGACUGUCGUGCCAGCGCUGUGCCCCCCGUUUUGAGCGGGUGACGAGGGGACCCUACCUGGGGACCUGCUCUGGCUGUGGCUGCCAUGGCCACUCCAGCACCUGUGACCCCGUUUUUGGGCACUGCUUGAACUGCCAGCACAACACGGAGGGUCCCCAGUGCGAGAAGUGCAAACCUGGCUUCUUCGGUGAUGCCACCAAGGGCACAGCCACCGCCUGUCACCCUUGUCCCUGUCCCUACACUGAGCUGUCUCGCAGGUUCUCGGAGUCAUGCUUUUUGGACACAGAUGGCCAGGCCACCUGUGACGCCUGUGCCCCUGGAUAUGCCGGCCGCCGCUGUGAGAGGUGUGCCCCAGGCUAUGAGGGAGACCCCAUCCAGCCAGGUGGCAAGUGCACCCCGAUCGGCCAGGAGCUCGUCAAGUGUGAUGCCCGCGGGGGCGAGGACGAGGCGGGUGGCACGUGUCGCUGCAAGCCCAACGUCCGUGGCCGGCUCUGUGACUCCUGCGCCGCCGGCACCUUCCACCUGAGCGCGGCCAACCCCGCGGGCUGCCUGCCCUGCUUCUGCAUGGGGCUGUCGCGCUCCUGCGCCAGCUCCGCCUGGCACCGCCACCAGGUGUUGCUCAGCUCUGAGGACUCGGCGCCGCUGCCCCUGGCCAACCUGUCGGGCGCACGGCUGGUGGGAGCCAUGCCACACUUCGUGUCCCCACGGGAGCUGCGCUUCGACGCCUUCCGAGAGCUGCCACGGGGCGUUCACUACUGGGUGCUGCCUGCACCCUUCACUGGGGACAAGGUGACAGCCUAUGGCGGGGAGCUGCGCUACACAGUGACACACCAGGCCCCAGCUGGCGUUCCCCUGUCCCCCCGGCACCCUGACGUCCUGCUCCAGGGCAAUGGGAUCCUCCUGGAGCACUUCUCCAGUGCCACCCCCCCAGCCAGCAUCCCCACUGCUGUCACCGUCCCCAUCCGUGAGGGCGCCUGGCGCCGCGCAGAUGGGCACGAUGCCACCCGCGAGCACCUCCUGAUGGCCCUGGCCGAUGUGGACCUGUUCAUGAUCCGGGCAUCCUACUCGGAGCAGCCAGAGGAGAGCAGACUGGCCGACGUCACCCUGGACGUGGCAGUCCCGCAUGCCACCGGCCUCCCGCCUGCCCUGGAGGUGGAGGACUGCGCCUGCCCUCCAGGGUACCGCGGGCCCUCGUGUCAGGACUGCGACACCGGCUACACCCGCAGCACCGCCGGGCUCUACCUGGGCACCUGUGAGCCGUGCCGGUGCCACGGCCACACCAGCGAGUGCCACCCUGACACCGGUGUCUGCCAGGGCUGCCGGGAUCACACUGAGGGUCCCCAGUGUGACAAGUGCCAACCUGGCUACUACGGCGAUGCCACCCGGGGCACGCCAGGCGACUGCCAGCCCUGUCCCUGCCAUGGACCCCAUGGGGACACCCAGGUAACAAAGAUCUGCUUUGAAGACACCGACGGGCAGCCUACGUGCAGUGCCUGUGCCCCAGGGCACAGUGGGCGUCUCUGCGAGAGGUGCUCGCCCGGGUACGUGGGGGACCCGCUGCGGGGAGAGCCGUGCCGAGUGCCUGGUGUCCCCGGUGCGCAAUGCCAGUGCGAUCCGCGUGGCAGCGCCGGUGAGGGCUGCGAUGCCAACGGGCAGUGUCGCUGCAAGGCCAAUGUGGAGGGUCCCCGCUGUGCUGUGUGCCGUCCCCACCACUUCCACCUGAGCGGGGAUGAGCCGGCCGGGUGCCUGCCCUGCUUCUGCAUGGGCAUCGUUCAGCACUGCACCAGCACUGCCUACGCCCGUGGCACCAUCCGGACGUCCUUUGCCCUGGGGGAUGCCCAGGGGUUCGCCCUGGUGAACCGCCAGCGCAGCACCCGCGUGGGCAACGGCUUUGGGGUGCAGUUGGGACACCCCCAGCCCCACCUGACCUACGAGCGCUUUGGGGAGCUGCCCCCUGACUCCUACUACUGGCAGCUGCCACCCCCCUACCAGGGGGACAAGGUGGGGGGGGGUGGCGGUCGGCUCCGCUACACCCUGACCUACACCCCGGGGGGACAAGGAGCCCCCCUGCCCGACGCCGACGUCCAGAUCACAGGCAAUGACAUCACACUGGUGGCCUACCAGCCUGACCUGCCCCCGCAGACCCCCCAGGCCUUCGAGAUCGUUUUCCGGGAGCAAUACUGGCAGCGGCCAGACGGACAGCCAGCGACACGGGAGCACCUGCUGAUGGCACUGGCCGACCUGGAUGAGAUCCUCAUCCGUGCCACCUACUCCACGAGCACAGCCGUGGCUGCCAUCGCCAACGUGGCCAUGGACGUGGCCGUGCCCCCCCAGCCCGGCUUGCCCCCCGCCCCUGAAGUGGAGGAAUGCCGCUGUCCCCCCGGAUACCACGGGCUCUCGUGCCAGGACUGUGCCCCGGGGUACACGCGCACCGGCGGGGGGCUGUACCUGGGCCACUGCGAGCUGUGCGAGUGCAACGGCCACUCCGAGAGCUGCCACCCCGAGAGCGGCGCCUGCUCCGGAUGCUUGCACAACACGGCAGGGGACUUCUGUGACCAGUGUGCCCCCGGCUUCUACGGGGACGCCACCGCCGGGACCCCCGAGGACUGCCAGCCCUGCGCCUGUCCCCUCCCGUACCCUGAAAACCAGUUUUCCAGGACCUGUGAGAGUCUGGGAGGCGGCGGGUACCGCUGCACCGCCUGCGAGCCGGGCUACACUGGGCAGUACUGCGAGCGGGGGCCGCGCGCCGCCGUGCCGCAGGGCAGCGCCGUCACCCUGCGCUGCCACGCCGCCGGGGACCCCCCGCUCUACUUCCACUGGCUGCGAGAGGACGGGCGGCCCCUCCCCGAGGGUGCCCAGAGCCGCCGACAAGGUGAGGAGCUGCACUUCCCCAGCAUCCAGCCUUCUGAAGCCGGUGUCUACGUCUGCUCCUGCCGCAACCUCCAGCACAGUAACGCCAGCCGCGCCGAAGUCAUCGUCACCGAGACCCCCGACAAGCCCAUCACCGUCACCGUGGAGGAGAAGCGGGUGCAGCGGGUGCAGCCCGGCACUGAUGUCACCUUUGUCUGCACAGCCAAGAGCAAGUCUCCUGCCUAUACCCUGGUGUGGACACGGCAGAACCACGGGACACUGCCAGCGGGUGCUGUGGACUUCAAUGGGAUCCUGACGCUGCGCGGCGUGCGGCCCCAGGAUGCCGGAGUCUACGUCUGCACCGGCUCCAACAUGCUGGACAUGGACCAGGGCACUGCCACACUCUAUGUCCAGGCUGCCUCGAAGACUCAGAUGUUCUAUGGACCUGUUGAGUUCAUGGAGGGGCACAGACCAGCCGGCACCGCCAGCGCCCCCACCGCCACCGUGGAGCCGGCGCAGCUGAGCGUGGCGCCGGGGCAGCCGGCCGAGUUCCGCUGCGUGGCCACCGGCAGCCCUCAGCCCACCCUUGAGUGGCUCGGUGCGCUGCCGCCGCAGGCUGUGGUUCAGGGUGGGAUGCUGCGCUUUGGCGCUGUCGAGCCUGCCAAUGCGGGGCACUACGAGUGCCGGGCACGGAGCAGCGCCGGGCAGCACACGGCUCGCGCCUUCCUUCACGUUCAAGGCGCAGGCACCCCACAGGUGCAGGUGAGCCCGGAGCGGACGGAGGUGCAGGAGGGCUCCACAGUGCGGCUCUACUGCCGGGUCUCGGGGUCCCCCACUGCCACCAUCACCUGGGAGAAGCAGGGGGGCACUCUGCCACCACAGUCCCGUGCCGAGCAUGGUGACAUCGCCACACUCGUCAUCCCUGCUGUGACGGCGGCCGAUGGCGGCAUCUACCUGUGCGUGGGCACGAGCACCGCUGGCACAGCCCGUGCCGCUAUCGAGGUGGCUGUGGUCCCAGGGGUGACACCGCCUGUCCGCAUCGAGUCCUCGUCCCCGUCCAUCACUGAGGGGCAGACCCUGGACCUGGACUGUGUGGUGGCAGGACCCAGCUCUGCCACUGUGACGUGGUACAAGCGUGGGGGCUCCCUGCCCGCUGGCCACCAGGUUUCAGGGUCCCGGCUCCGUGUCCCCCAUGUCACAGCAGCUGAUUCAGGGGAGUACGUGUGCCGGGCAAGCUUGGGCACCAGUGUCCGGGAGGCAUCUGUCAUUGUCACCAUCGUGGCCGCAUCAGGCUCGUCCUAUGGACCGCCAGCGUCGGGUGUCCCUGUCCGGAUCGAGGCAUCCUCGUCCACCGUGGCUGAGGGACAGACCCUGGACCUGAACUGCAUCGUGGCCAGCCAGGGACAGGCCACUGUCACCUGGUACAAGCGCGGGGGGUCCCUCCCAGCCAAGCACCAGGUGUCCGGCUCCCGGCUGCGGCUGCUGCAGGUGACAGCGGCUGACUCGGGCGAGUACGUGUGCCGGGUGACCAGCGGGGCCACCACCAAGGAGAGCGCGGUCAUGGUGACAAUCCAGCCCAGCAGUGCUGGUGCCUACUCCCCGGGCAACACAACUCCCCUGCGCAUCGACUCCCCAUCCUCUGCUGUGGUCGAGGGGCAGACCCUGGACCUCAACUGUGUCAUCGCCAGCCCUGCGCAGGCCACAGUCACCUGGUACAAGCGCGGGGGAACCCUCCCAGCCAAGCACCAGGUGUCCGGCUCCCGGCUGCGGCUGCUGCAGGUGACAGCGGCUGACUCGGGCGAGUACGUGUGCCGGGUGACCAGCGGGGCCACCACCAAGGAAACCUCCAUCAUGGUGGCCAUCCAGCCCAGCAGUGCUGGUGCCUAUCCCCCAGGCAGCACGACCCCGCUGCACAUCGAGUCCUCAUCCCUGUCAUCUCCUGUGACCGAGGGACAGACCCUGGACCUCAACUGUGUCAUCGCCAGCCCUGCGCAGGCCACAGUCACCUGGUACAAGCGCGGGGGAACCCUCCCAGCCAAGCACCAGGUGUCCGGCUCCCGGCUGCGGCUGCUGCAGGUGACAGCGGCCGACUCGGGCGAGUACGUGUGCCGGGUGACCAGCGGGGCCACCACCAAGGAAACCUCCAUCAUGGUGGCCAUCCAGCCCAGCAGCGCCAGCACCUAUCCCGCUGGUGUCACCCCGCCAGUGCGCAUUGAAUCCUCCUCCUCCUCUGUGGCCGAGGGACAGACCCUGGACCUCAACUGCAUCGUGGCCAGCCAGGGGCAGGCCACUGUCACCUGGUACAAGCGCGGGGGGUCCCUCCCAGCCAAACACCAGGUGUCAGGCAGCCGCCUGCGCAUCCCCCAGGUGACAGCAGCCGAUUCAGGGGAGUACGUGUGCCGGGUGACGUCAGGCAGCGUCACACAUGAGACAUCCCUCAUCGUCACCAUCCAGACGGGCGCAGGCUCCUCUUAUGCUGUUGGUGUCACGCCACCAGUGAGGAUUGAGACCUCCUCUGCUGCUGUUACCGAGGGACAGAUGCUGGACCUCAACUGCAUGGUGGCAGGACACGGUCAUCCCCAUGUCACCUGGUACCGGCGUGGGGGGGCUCUGCCACCAAACAGCCAGGUGUCAGGGACCCGCCUGCGCCUUGCCCAAGUGGCAGUGGCUGAUUCAGGGGAGUACGUGUGCCGGGUGACCCUGGGGACCGUCACCCAGGAGGCAUCUGUCAUUGUCACGGUUCCCAGCAGUGCCGACACCUAUUACACCUCUGGCAUCUCCCAGCCCCUCCGCAUCGAGUCCUUGUCCUCGGCCAUCGCCGAGGGACAGACCCUGGACCUCAACUGUGUGGUGGCAGGGUCCGGCCCCACCACCGUGACGUGGUACAAGCGUGGUGGCACCCUGCCUGUUGGCCACCAGGUGUCGGGUACCCGCCUGCGCAUCCCCCAGGUGACAGCAGCCGAUUCGGGGGAGUACGUGUGCCGGGUGACAUCAGGCGGCGUCACGCAGGAGACAUCCCUCGUCAUCACCAUCGAUGAUGGAGACAAUCCAUCCCAUUCCACCAGCAUCAGUCCACCCAUCCACAUUGAGUCCUCAGCGUCCUCUGUCACUGAGGGACAGACUCUGGACCUGGACUGCGUGGUGGCUGGCCAGGGACAGGCCACCAUCACCUGGUACAAGCGCGGUGGGGCCCUCCCAGCCAAGCACCAGAUUUCGGGGUCCCGGCUGCGGCUGUCACAGCUCUCAGUGGCCGAUUCAGGAGAGUACGUGUGCCGUGCUGACACGGGCAGCGUCUCUCGCGAGGCCGUUGUCUCUGUCACUGUCACCUCCCGUGACAGCUCCAGCUACCGUCUGCAGAGCCCCAUCAUCUCCAUUGACCCACACAGCAUGGCGGUGGCACCAGGUGAAGACGCCACCUUCAAGUGCCGUGUCCAUGAUGGUGCCCGGCCUGUCAACAUCACUUGGCGGAUGGGGCCUGGCCAACACCUCCAGGACAACGUGAAGAUCAGCGCCAACGGCUCAGUCAUCUCCAUCACUGGUGCCCAUGUGGGCAACCAGGGCGCCUACCACUGCGUGGCCUCCAACCGCUUCGGCGUUGCCAGCAGUGUCGUCAACCUUGUGGUGCAAGGUGCCCCCACAGUGUCAGUGAUGCCGCCAGGCCCCGUGACAGUGAAGGAGGGCAAAUCCCUGAGUCUGGAGUGCCUGGGCCGGGGUGAGCCGCGGCCGCUGGUGCGUUGGAGCCGCCUGGGCUCCCGACAGAAGGUGGAGCACCAGACGCUGCUGCACAUGGACAGCCAGGCCAUUCUGCAGCUCUCACCCGCCAAGCUGGAGCACGCCGGGACCUACGUGUGCACGGCGCACAGUGCCCUGGGCUCGGCGCAGGCUCGGGUGGAUGUCAGCGUGGAGUCAGCACAGCGGCACCCCGGGGCCCCCGAGGUCACCGCACCAUCUACUGUCACCGUGGUGGCUGGGGACACCGCCACGCUGCACUGCAUGGCCAGAGGUGACCCAGUGCCCCGGAUUGAGUGGUCAAAGCUGCGGGCACCGCUGCCCUGGCAGCACCGCGUGGUGAACGGCAGCCUGGUCAUCCCUCGUGCCGCGCAGCAGGACUCGGGCCAGUACAUCUGCAAUGCCAGCAGCCCCGUCGGUUCCACCGAAGUCUUUGUCACCCUCGACGUGGAGACCCCUCCGUAUGCCACCAUCCUCCCGGAGGACACGGCGGUGCUGGCAGGCGACGCCUUGCAGGUGCAGUGCCUGGCCCACGGCACCCCCCCGCUGCACUACACCUGGGACAAGGUGAACGGCAGCCUCUCGGCGCGCGUGUCCCACCGCGCCGGCCUCCUGCGCCUCAGCCCUGCAGCCGCCGCUGACACCGGCACCUACCGCUGCCGCGUCACCAACCGCGUCGGCAGCGCCGAGGCCUUGGCCCGUGUGGUCGUGCAUGGUGAUACUGGUGAAGGUGGCGACAUCACUGGUGGUCCCUUGGUGGUACGAGUGACACCAGGGAGCCUCGUCAAGGGGGUGGGCGGCACUGCUGAAUUCGCCUGCUCUGUCUCCGGGGACCCCCGUGCCCGUGUGGAGUGGCUGAAGGAAGGUGGGGAGCUGCCCCCCACCCACAGCGUGCGGGACGGGGUGCUGCGGAUGCCGGAGCUGGCGUCAGGGGCGCAGGGCGUGUACGUGUGCCGGGCCAGUGCCCCGGGCGGGCAGGUGGAGGACAGGGCCACCCUCACUGUCCAGGCUCUCCCCAGGGCCCUGAUCAACAUCCGGACCGCGGUGCAGACAGUGCUGGCAGGGACAACAGUGGAGCUGGAGUGCCUGGGCUUGGGGGAACCCCGUCCCCACGUCACCUGGAGCAAGGUGGGGGGCCGCAUCCGCCCCGGGGUGCUGCUCCGUGCCGGCACCCUCACCAUCGAGCAGGUGGAGCGGGCGGACGCGGGGCAGUACCGCUGCACCGCCACCAAUGCUGUGGGCACCGUCCAGUCCCACGUCAUCCUCCACGUGCAGGCCGCUCCUCAAAUCGCCGGGCAGCCUGAGGUGAAGGAGGUGUCCCUGGGAUCAGCAGCUGUUUUGCCGUGCUUGGCAUCUGGCUUCCCGGUGCCAGAGAUCACCUGGAGCAAGCUGGAGGGGGAGCUGCCAGCGGGUGCCAGGGUGCAGGGGAACGUGCUGACCCUGCCGGCCGUGCGCCCUGAGGAUGCCGGCGUCUACACCUGCGUGGCCGCCAACCACCGCGGCCAGCAGACAGCUUACUACGUGCUGAAGGUCCAAGAGCACGUGGUCCCCUAUUUUGGGCAGUCGCCCCGCUCCUUCCUCCCCCUGCCCACCAUCAAGGAUGCCUACAAGAGGUUUGAGAUCCUCAUCACCUUCCGACCUGAUGCUGCUGAUGGACUUCUCCUCUACAAUGGGCAGCGGAAAAACAGUGGUGCCGACUUCAUCUCCUUCGGGUUGGUGGGUGGACGCCCCGAAUUUAGGUUUGAUGCUGGUUCGGGCAUGGCCACCAUCCGUCAUCCCACAGCACUGCGGCUGGGCGAGUACCACACCGUGCGGCUGCUCCGCAACCUCACCUGGGGCUCGCUGGGCCUGGAUGGGCACCCCGCUGUCAAUGGCACCUCCCAGGGGAAGUUCCAAGGGCUGGAUCUGAACGAGGAGCUGUACCUGGGGGGGUACCCUGACAUUGGCGCUGUGGCAAAGACGGGGCUCAGCCGGGGUUUCAUGGGCUGCGUGCGCCAGCUCCUCAUCCAAGGGGAAGAGGUGGCCUUUGGGGACAUGGACCUGCAGGCACACGGUGUCACCAAUUGUCCCACCUGCCAGGACCGGCCGUGCCAGAACGGCGGAGUGUGCCAGGACGAUGACAGUGGCACCUACGUCUGCCGGUGUCCCCACGGCUUCACUGGCAGCAACUGCGAGUACUCUCAGGCCUUGCACUGUCACCCGGAGGCGUGUGGGCCUGAUGCCACCUGUGUCAACCGGCCAGACGGUCAGGGCUACACCUGCCGCUGCCACCUGGGCAAGACUGGGGAGAGGUGCACCGAGGGUGAGGUGGUGCACGUGCCAUCGUUUGACGAGGAGGGAGCCUUCAUCUCAUACCCGCCCCUCACCAACGUGCACCAUGAGCUGCGCCUGGAGGUUGAGUUCCUGCCACUGGCGCCCGACGGGCUCCUGCUCUUCAGUGCUGGCAAAGCCGCCCCUGUCGAGGACUUUGUGGCCUUGGCCAUGAUCGGUGGCCACCUCGAGUUCCGCUACGAGCUGGGCUCAGGCCUGGCAGUGCUGCGGAGCGCAGAGCCGGUGGCCUUGGGCCAGUGGCACUGGGUGACAGCUGAGCGGGUUCACAAGGAUGGGACACUGGUGGUGGAUGACGCCACCCCCGUGAAACGCUCCUCGCCGGGCAAGAGCCAGGGGCUCAACCUGCGCAGCCCCCUGUACCUGGGGGGCACCGAGCCCCCCCUGCGCCCCCCCACCAACGCCUCCUUCCGCGGCUGCAUCGGACAGGUGUCCGUCAGCGGGAAGCGGGUGGAGGGGGGGGGGUGUCGGCCGGGGGCUGCCGGCCCACGCUGUCAGGAGGAGGAGGAGGAGGAGGAGGAGGCCGAAGGCUGUCACUCCUCCCGGCCCUGCCUGCACGGUGGCUCCUGUGUCCAUGGCUCCUGCCACUGCCCCCCUGAACGCAGCGGGGCCCGCUGCCAGCACCGCUCGGCGCUGGCAGAGCUGGAGCAGGACUGGCAGGAGGGCAGCGGGGGUGGCGACGCCCCUGGGCAGUUCAGCGCUGCAUUCCAGGAUGGAUCCUACCUGGCCCUUCCCGGGCACCUCUUCCCUCGUGGCGCCCCCGAGGCUCCUGAGACCGUCGAGCUGGAGCUGCGGACGCGCAGUGCCCAGGGGCUGCUGCUGUGGCACGGCGCGGAGCCCGGCGAGGGGGGCAAAGCCAAAGAUUUCCUUGGCCUCGGCUUGAAGGAUGGGCACCUGGUGUUCAGCUACCAGCUGGGCAGUGGCGAGGCCACCAUCACCUCUGAAGACCCCGUCAAUGACGGCGAGUGGCACCGGGUGACGGUGACAAGGGAGGGCCGGCGUGGGCAGCUCCAGGUGGAUGGAGAGGAGCCAGUGAGUGGGGAAUCGCCCGGAUCCAACAUCAUGGCCAACACAGAGGGCAGCGUCUACGUGGGCGGUGCCCCCGACCCCCGCACCCUGACCGCUGGCAAGUUCAGCUCCGGUUUCUCAGGGUGUGUGCGGGGACUGGCGCUGGAGUCCGCUGGGAUCCCCCGACACCCCAUCGACCUCCGGCACGGCGCUGUGGGGGGCUCCCCCGUGCCCCCAUGCCCCUCCUAACCCGCCCUGAAGCAGAGUUUGGGGGGAAUUUGGCCAACUUUAUUCUUUUCCAAAAAAAAUACCACCACCAGGAGGAAACGGUGCUUCGCUGCCCCGGGGUGACUCCGGGAGGGGGGGGGCCGGGACCCCCAA